AUGUGGGGGGAAGCCCCCAAACUGUGGGUCAGCUCCCACCUCAGGGGGGUGCCUCCCAUUGUUUUUCAGCUCACUCCUGAGGGGUUGCCUACAGCUGUGGGUCAUCUCCAACCUGGGGGGCAGCAGUUACCCCUGCUCAUGCUCCUACCCGGGGGCAUGAAGCUGGGUAUGCCUCCCCCCAGUGACCCUGCCCACUGCUGGGAUCAUCCCCCAGUGGCAGGGACAGUGCAGCCCCAGCAGCUGAUGGGGCUGCAGCCUGGGGCUGCGUUGUGUGGGCAGCCCCCGCAGCCCACAGGCAGCUGCCUGCUGCAGGCUCCCAACCACCCGGGCCCCUCAACUGUCCUCCAAGGACCUCUGGUGCAGCAGCAGGUGCUCCUUGUGCCUGGCACCCUGCCCACCAUCUUAGAGCAGGAGGAGGAGCCCUUUGGAGACGCCAUGGUGCACACAGAGGACCAGGGGCAGCCAGCACCCAUCAGCGUGUGCCCCCAUCCCACCAGGGCUUCACUUACCUGCAGCAUCGCAGCGCUGGAAUCAGGUGCAGCAACAACCAGCUCAGACAUCCCGGAGGACAUCACUGACAUCGGUGACCUCCUGGCUUGGAUGAACAGCGAAGUGGCACCCAAAGAGGUCCCGGACAACAUCCCGGGCAUGGAUGAUGACUCGGCCAAGUGCCCAGCCCCUCCCUGCACCACCAGUGGGCACCAGCAGAGCACUGGCAGCAUCCAAGCCACCAAGAGGAAGCUGCCGCAGAGCCAGGAUGCUCCAGAGCAAAAGCACUCACGCUAG